GGGAGGCGGCUGCAAGGGGCGGGGAAGGCGGGAGCCCGUGGCGGAGGAGGAGCCGCGGGCGGGAGGCGCUGCGAGGCGCUGCUGGCCCGCGGGCUGCGGGAGCCGGGCUAGGACGCCGAGCGGUGACUCCCCGCCGCUCCCGGGGGCCGUGACGAAACAGCUCUUCUGGCACGAUGGUGACCUGCCGUGGAAAAUGCUGGGUCCCCAUGCCCAAGUGACUGUAGCUGUGGCUCAGCCAGGACCUGACCAUUUAGAUCACCUGUUGUCAGACAUGCCACACUGUCAACACAGUUCCUAUGGGUCAGCAGCCUGUACACAGCUUACCUGGGUCCACUGCUCAGGGGGAUCUCACAAGGCUUCAAUCAAGAUGUCAGCCCAGGCUGUGGUCUCCACUGAGGCUCCAUGGGAAAGACCCUGCUUCCAAGCUCACCUAGGUUGUUUGCAAAAUCCGGUUCUUUGCAGCUGUAGAAUGGAGGGCUUCAGUUUAUCUCUAGCUAUGCGGUGCGGUGGGGUGGGGGAGCUGCCCUCAGAUCCUAGAGGUCACCCACAAUUCCUUGCCACUUGACUAUGCCCACAGAGGUGGCCCAUGCAUUUUGGCUUGCUUUGCCAAAGCCAGCAACAAGAGACUCCAACAAGACACAUCCUACCAUCUUAUGUAUGCAAUCCCAUGCCGGCAAUCAUGGACAUGUCCAACACAUACGUAACCACGUCCAUUCCAUCACCUUUGCUGUGUUCUCUUGGCCCACUCAAAGGGUGUGGACUAGUUAGGGAGCGAGAAUCAGCCCUCUUGAGUCAGCCUUCCCUAUUUCAUGUGCAACUCUCUAGAAUAUUGAUCCUUUUGGUAUUUUAAGUCAUCUCUAUUGUCAUUGGAAAUCCUUUCUGAAGUAGAAAGGACAGAGCUCGCAAAAUACAAACCGCGCCACUAUUCCUGCCUGUCAUUUAGAGGUUUGCCAGGGGAGCAGGUUGAUUUCAGUCUUUUCAUGGAGUUUACUGUUUGAUAUGAUGAUAUCUUUACCCCCAGAAUUAAUUUUAUUUUUAUUUUUGAGACAUGGUCUCAUUCUGUCACGCAGGCUGUAGUGCAGUGGUGCGAUCUCGGCUCACUGCAACCUCAACCAGCCCAGGUUCAGGAGAUCCUCCCACCUCAGCUUCCUGGGACCACCCCAGUGGGUUCACUGGCGCAAACCACUAUGCCCAACUAAUUUUUAAAAAUUCUUUGUAGAGAGGGGGUUUCACUAUGUUGCUCAAGCUGGUCUCAAACUCCUGGGCUCAAGCAAUCUGCUUGCCUCGGGCUCCUUUGGGAUUCCACAAAGUGCUGGGAUUACAGGUGUGAGCCACCACACCUGCCCCCGCCCCAUAAUUAAUUUUAAGUUAAUCUCCACAUUUCAUUAUCUUGGGCUAGAUUUCGGGGGAGGAGCCUAAUUUAGCUGGCAUGUGCCCCACUGGGUGAAUCGAAUAAAAGCAUAGCUGCCCUGGCAUGGAUCUGUGAACAAAAGUUCUCUGAAAAGAAAUUUGGAAGAAAGACUUCAUUCAGAAACAGUUCACAAACUUUCUGUGUAAACCAGAUACUUUCCAGAGAACAAAGGGAGGAUCCUGGUUUUAUAGUAAAAGUUCAUGCUCAGGUUCCCAAUCAGGUCCAUUUUAUGCAAAUGAAGGCUUUAAAUUUGCUUAGUUCUGAUUGGUUGAUGCAGCUGCAUUCUGAUUAGUGGAUAGAACUGAGCCCUAAUUGGUUCUUUCAGAUGAGCUCUGAUUGGCUGCUUUAGGUGAGCUCUGAAAGCCCCACUGUUAAACUGAGGUUGGGGGUUUCCAGGGAAACUCUGAAUAUAUGAGCUCUAGUCAGCAAAUGGCCUGGCCACUUGGCUCUCUUUAAAAUUUUGGCCCAGUUAGGUACUUGGGAUCCAUCUUGAAGGACUGGCUCUUGAAGGAUUUGUUCUGAGAACUCUUGUGAACCUGAGAGGCCCGGUAAGGCAGAGCGAAAACCAGAACCCUUGGCACCCAUUAGUUAGCACAGGAUCCUUUCCUGGAUCAUCAGGAUCCCUUAUAAAUGUGUCUAACGGCCAACUUGUAGACAGAGCUAUUGUUAAUACACUCUUCUGAGUUUCCCUCUGUGAACACCUUCAUCUGGUUGAUACAGGAAAAUUAAGGAAGACAAACUUUUGGGAAAGUGAUUGAAAUCAUGGAAUAAUCAAAGCAAACCAAUGGCAGCUUGUGUUUAAAAUUAAAGACCAACUGUCAAGCAUGGCAUUUACCUAAAGUAAUUUCUAAAAGUAAUCAACAGAGUGAACAACACCCAGUGGGCCAGGACCAUGUCAACGUUGGCUCAUUCCUCCGAAACUACAUGGUUUCAGGGCUCCAUGUUCAUGGACACCAUGCGGGGAGUCUCCUAGCAAUGACCCUCUUCUCUCUUGCAGGAAGUCCAAGGUCCUUUGCAUGGCAGUCUUAUCCCCAAAUGGCAUUUGCUUUCGACCCAUGGUAUUUCCAUAUUCCAUGAAGAAAACUUUUAAAAUAUAGGCGAAUCACCCUGCAUGUAUCCAGAGAGUUUCCAGGGGGUUUCACACACACAGACACACACACACACACACACACGUUUAGUGGGGAUCUUUUAGGUCAAUACAUAUAGAUCUACAUCAUUAUUAGUUGUUGCUUGGUGGUCCACUGCAUGAAUGGUUAAUAAUUGUUUAAUUUUUCCUAGUUAGACAAUAAAGAUUUUUAAAGAAUGUAUCUUUGCAUACUUGCUUAUUUAUUUGAUUAGGAUAAAUUCCUGAAAUUGGAAUUGUUAAACCAAGAAAUAUGCAUAUUUUAAGGCUUUUGUUCUGUUUUGUCAAAUGAUCCUCAGAAAGAAUGUUAUUAAUUCACACUUCCACUAGCACUACACGAUGGAACUAUUGGGUAUUUUUUAUGUUGUUACCUUUGCUGGUUUUAUAAAUAAAAUAUUCUCUUGUU